AUGGCGACCAAGAUUGGAAGGACUGGCGUGCCGGCGACGGAGUUGGUGAUAGAGGGAGCUAGCUAUCAUCAGUUUAUCCAGGAUUCUCUUCGUCUCCCGGAGCCUGGCGCUGAGUGUCCUGACCCUUCGUUGGGGGGAUGGGUGCUUCCCGAUGCUCGGAUCUCGUAUACCGGAGAGAGUGGAUCCGAGAUUGUGGAGACUUUCCCGGAAGACCGGGUUUUCCAUGCUCCGCUCCCUGAGGGAGUACAGGCGGUUCCGGCCCGUACGGCCAACGCGAUGGUGGGGGUGAUCAACCGGUUGAAGUCCGCGUUGGUUCGGGCCCGAUCUGCACUUUCUUGCAGGAGGUAUAGUGCCCUUUGCAAUAUCCUUUCUUCCUGA